CAAUAACAAAUAAGAUACGAAGCUAAUCAGAAAGUAACUGUAAAUUUGUUUUGACCGUUACAAGUAAUCGGAACAAAAGGAAAGAAUAAGUAGACAACAGUUGCGUUCAACUAACGCUUAACGGCCGCGAAAAUGGCCGCCGAGAAUUAUCAUCUGAAAUGGGACUCGCAUUUGUCCUAUUUGAACACUUCCAUAGCGACGCUCUACAAAAAUGAGAAGUUUGCCGACGUUAUGCUAUACAGUUCGUAUAGCAACAGUGGCAUCAAUUCAGAUAUACCCACAGUGGGCAUAUCAGCGCACAAAUUUAUUUUGAGCUCCUGCAGCCAGUUCUUUGCCACCAUGUUUGAGACGGCGCCAAUUACAGCGCCCAAUGGCGUUCUCUAUAUAGUGCUUCCGCCUGAUCUGAGUCAUCGUGCCAUACAAAUCCUUGUGCAGUAUAUGUACAGUGGCGAAGCAACGGUCUCCAAUGAUAUAUUAAAUGAAGUGCUGCGCGGGGGAGAAAUCCUGAAGAUACGUGGCCUUUGCCGGACGAGCACCUCAAGCGGUGCUAGCGGCACUGGACACCACCUGCAUCAUCAGCGUGAGCCCAGUGCUUUGUAUGUUUCAAAUGGCACACGUUCUUCACUGGCGCCGCCUCCGCCACCACCGCCCAUGUCGUCCGCACAGCUUCCCGGUGAUAUGUACAGCAACAAGCCCAGCAGCAGUAGCAGCAGCAGCAGCUCUGCUCGUUACUCUCUGGAUCAUCUGCAUACGCAUCCACAUUCACAUACGCAUCCGCAUCAGCAUCAUCAUCAUCAACAGCAGCAUCAACAAUUUCGCGGCUUGGGUGCUUCCGUAAUGCCAAAGGACAGUCCGGUGAUUGUGAAGUCACCCAAAAUGGCCAGCCACACGGGUUUGCUCAGCGUGGCGAGCAGCAGCAAGCUGAUUGCCGGCGGCAUCUCUGUCAACAAGGAAGUGGCCAUUGACCCGGAGGACAAGUGCUGCUAUGCAGCAGCGAGCCAAGUCGAAAGUCUACCACAGUCAGCGACAGCAGUUACAACCACAGUGGCUGCACCACCACCACCACAAAUGUCCAUUUGCACAGAAGUCGGCUGCAACAGCUGUCCACUGGCUGCGCCGGCCACCGAACCAGCGGACUCCACAUUACGCCGUUCGGACUAUGCAGAACGGGAACGUCUGGUGGAGGAGCCACUGUGCGAGCGAGAAAGAGACGAUGUGGGCAUGGUCUACGAGAGACGUCUGCGCCGCGAGCGAUCCUGUGAGCGAGCCCCACCCCACGAAUACUUUGGCCACGAUGCCCCGCACUAUGAGCAUGUGGUCAAGUCUUAUGAAGUAACGACUGCACCACGCCUGGCCACGCCCCCACAUCCACAUAGUUUUCUGACCAUUAAGCAGGAACCAACCGAUUGGUCAACGGGCAAUCAAUCAGGAGCGCUGCCAAACGACAACCACGAGCUGAGCCAGGAGGCGCAGCUGUCGCCCAAGCAGCCGCUGGACUUUAAGAUGAAUGCUGUCAAGCUGGAAGCGAAUUCGGCGCCACAGGACGAUUCCGAGGAGCAUACGUUGCGUGAUUACAACAAUUUCAAGCUGCUCGUUUGUGAGAUCUGCCAGAAGUCGUUUGAAGAUACCAAAAUGCUUGUGCGUCACCUGGGCACCCAUGCCGCCGAGCCAACGGGCAAUGUGAUGGGCAGCAGUGUGAGCGGCACGGGCAGCAGCAGCAGCUCCACAGCCAAUAGCAAUCUGGCGCUGAGAGCAUUGAAGACCUAUGUGCCAAAGAAGCGACGCAGAGUGUCGGUGAGUGCCGUUGGAUCCAUUGGUGUAUUGGACAAGCCCUUAACUCUUCCCAUCCCUCAUUCGCAUGUACAACAGCAACAGGAGAACAACAUGGAUCAUGUGACACUGCUCUGCGAUCUCUGCUCCACUUCCUUUGAAACGCCCGCGGAGUGGGUGCGUCAUAUGAAUAGCCAACACACGGAAAUCGAGCUGGCCAUGUUCAAUAGCAAAAAGGAUGGCGAACAGAAGGGCAGCAGCAGCAACAACAACAACAACAACAACAAUUCUUCUUCUGCCUCCGUUAGCCAAAUGCAGCACACAGUCGUCAGCUCGGCAGUCGCCAACUCUCCAGGAGCGGCAGCAGCAGCAGCAGCUGUGGUGCAUAAAAAGUACUUGACUGCCAGCCGGCUGGGUGGUGGACAAGGACAAGGCCUUAGCAACAGGGGAAAUGGCGCUACGACCGCAUCACCGGGGCUGGCCAACAGCUCAACCGCAUGAGCCCAGGCAGAAGCACAACUCCAAAGACAAAAACAACAACAACAACUAGAGCAACAAAAAGACCACCAGCAGUCAGGCCACGAGUGAGAGAAGCAAUAAGAUGAACAUUUUUUGAACAAAAUCAAGUCGUUCCAGAAAUCAAAAACAAAAAACAAAUUAUAAAGAAAAAUUAUUUAUACGAAACAGCAAGAACCGUGAUCAAAAUGCAGCAAACACAGCAUAUUUUAUAGAGCAAAAAAAAAAAAAAAAAGAGUUGAAAUUAACUAAAACAAAAAACUAUAACUUAAAACGAAACUGUAAACGAAACUUAGGAUCGGAAUCGUCAGGCAACGAUGCAAAACAAAAACAAC